AUGGGACUGGGGUACGCGGCGCAUCCGCGAGGCGGGUUCAGUUCAACCCGUAGGCUGGCGGCAGUGCUCAUCUGUGGCAUCGUGUUGCUAGGCAGCAUUGAGAGCGCUGCAGAACCUACGCAACGACUUGUGCGUCCUCACUCUCUGGUCCAAGAAGAUACCGGCAAGACCGAAUCAACCGCAUCGUGCUCGUUACAGGAAGACAAUAAUGAGCCCAGUCCGAAAAAGUUGACUAUGUCAGAGAUUAGCCUCAGCGCUACGCUCAAUUGUGUCGGUGAUACGAACCAAGUCAUCCCGUCGGAGAAGGAAACUGUCUGUUCCUCUGACGCCUCGUUGGAAGACUGCAAAGCGAGCUCGUCGAACAAGCUGGUCAAAUUAGAUGACCUACUCGAGCCAGGUGCGGCGAAGGCGAGCAUCAGUCCCAUUGAGUCCAGCGCCAACAAAGGACAAAAGUGGACUAUGACUCUGGAGCGUGCAAAGCUUCCUCUGACGGACAAGCAUUUUCUUGUUGGCUGUGCGAAAUCAGAGGAAGACAAAAAGUUGAAGGUAGGUGUAACCGGUGACUGGAAAUGCAAGCUGCCGAUAACAGUCAAGGCCAAGUCGUCCUCAGUCGAUGACAAUGUUGUCACCUGCGCCUAUGGGGAGGACAGCAACAAAGCAGAACCUUUGAAGGUUGAAGUGAGUCCGGCGACGAACAAAAUGGUUCUCGACUGCGGCAAAGCGGGUUCCCUCCAUCCGGAGGGCCUGACCACUUUUUGUGAGCCCGGCUCAGAAACGCUGGAGAAGUGCGUGACCAAGGGGUUCGAAGAGAUUUUGCCGACUUUUGUAAAGGAUUGGUGGGUACCCAACGAGGGCAAAACGUCUUCAACGCUGACGAUCCCGAGUUCAGGAUUUCCUUCCGCGGAUCAAAAGUUCCUUGUGGGGUGUGUUUUGAACGAGACCUCCCAGCUCCCCCAGGAGCCUGGCGGUGUGCAGAGAGACAAGUUGGAGCCCUCCGGCAACAAAACUUCAAGUUGUAAGGUUCUUGUUACUGUUAAGGCGGCUGGCGCUUCAUCGAUUGUAAGCAGCAACUUGCGUGGUCUUAUUGUGGUGUCUGGGUUUUUUGGUUUGUUAGGUUUUAUUGCUGACUAUUUCUGA